AUGACCGCUACUCGCUUCCGACAGCGUAAGCUGUCAACAAAGGCCGCCCUUCAGGUCAUUGAUGACAGCCAAAUAGACAUUACCGAUGAUGAUACGAGACACAUCGCCACAAUAGAAUCUGGUGUAGAACGCACCGAAGAAAUCGAACAUCAUUUGCAAGCCGCUAUAUCCGCUGCAAAUGCUGCUGCACUUGGCACAAAAGUCAAAGCAGCUUUCAUUCCAACCCCGGAUGCAUCAAAAGUCAUCCCAAACUAUGAAAACCUUUAUCGAAAGGUCUACUCUCACCCACACUCCUACAUUCGAUUCUCCUCAACAGUCGAAGAUACUAGUGGAAAUCUAUACUGUAUCGACGAGGAAGAUGACGAAUACCUUACGCAACACAACUCAAAGAAAUCCCAGGGCACGCAGUGUUCUGAGGAUAACUUCGAGGAAGUUUUCAGCGAGUAUGAAAUGCUCACCUCGCUGAAACAGCCCUUCCUAGGUCUGAGCGAAGAUGAGAAUCUUCCCAUUCACUUGAUGACCUAUGAGGAAAUGGAAGAGGCUGCGUUUGAAAGCGACUCGAAACUAGGGGAGAAAGCCCACGCCAAAGAUUUAUACACCUGGUGGGAACAGAGAAGAACAAAGCGCAAGGGCAAGCCGUUAAUGCCGAGUCUAAAGUUUGAGCAGGGCCAGAUCGAUAAAGAUGAUGGUGACCCGUAUGUCUGCUUUAGAAGGAGAGAGCACCGACCCGCACGUAAGACAAGACGGACGGAUGCUCAGAGCAUUGACAAGCUUAAGCGCCUACGGCUCGACAUGGAGAGAGUUCGUUCGCUUGCUAAAUGCGUUCAGUUGCGAGAAGACAACAAGAAGGAUAACCAGAACUGGGAAGCUAAGGUCUACACGUUCCGGUAUAAGGUGAAGAAAUAUAAGAGAGACUUCAAUAUACAGGACAACGACGACGAUCUUGUCAACAAGCCUCGUAAGCGCGUGGUCGAACAGCCGCCUGCUCCAGCUCCUAAACCUCCUGUCAGACAUGACUUCAAGCCACCUGAAGCUGAUCUGGUUCAACUCGAGGACCUUCACAAGUUGAGGGUUCAGAACAUCGACCAGAUUGUCGUCGCGAAGCGGAAGGAACGACAGUUUAACAAUGCGGGAUGGAAUGACCAGACCGUUGUCGCAUUCCAGAAACCCCCUGUUACACCACCCCCAGACACAUCAGCCAGUUUCAGGCAAGUUGACACAUAUUUUGCUCAACAACUUCUCAGUCCACCGCCUUCUGCAUCUCCCUCGCUUUCGCCGUCAUCACCCAAUCCGCGCUCAACGGGACCGCUACAACCGAGAAUCGCCUUCCAGACUUCCGCUCCUUCGCAAACCAAGAGAAAGCGAGAAGAGGAGGAAGAAGGGGAACCCAUGCGAUUCCGGAUGCGUUCUUCGCGUGGUCAUCGUAUCUUCAUCGACCGUCGUGGACCAAAACUUAGCGAUAAGGAUCGUGAGCAAAUCGACGAAAGAAUACUUGAUAGAUUCGCCUUCGAUCACGAUGAUUCUGAUGAGGAGUUUGAAGGACUUGCUAGUUCGACAAAGUAUAACCGUGAUAAGGCCCUGUUAUUCUCUGCGAACCUCUUCCUUCAACAGGUAAUGCCACAGAGGCGGCAUGACCAUCUAACACACUCAACAAACUCACCGGCGAAUAGCAAUCUAACGCCGAGUACGCCUGCCGCCCCGCACCCACCAACACCGAUAAACCAAUCAGCCUCGUAG